GUCCCCCUUGUCCCAACCAGACGAGCAUCUGUAUCUACUCUCAGCAUUCUGUGACAACAAUACUUCUAAGCAUGUCUUCACCCAUCAAGAGCGUUGCCCUAGUUGGCGGCACCGGCACCACAGGUGCAUUUUUCAUUGACGAGUUCAAGAAGAACGGCCAGGACUUCAACGUAACACUUAUCACCCGCAAGGAGAGUGAGGAUUCUACCAAGGCCAAGUUUGCUGACACCCCUCAUUUUACUAUCCGUGGCGUCGAUUAUGACGAUGAGGCUGACCUUGCUACGGCGCUCACUGGCCAGGAUGCCGUACUGUCGAUUCUAGGGCUUGGGAGCAUCGGCAAACAGCAGCUUGCACUGGUCAAAGCAGCAGCCAAGGCCGGCGUCAAGUACUUUAUUCCGUCCGAGUUUGGCUCUGACUUUGGCGUUGCAGCGGGCGAGUCUGACAUCAUCUUCAAGCCAAAGGAGGCUGUGCGCCAGACGAUUGAAGAGUCUGGUCUCAAACACAUUUACAUCAUUACAGGGCUAUUCUCCGACUUCUUCGUCAAUUCGUACUAUUGCUGGGAUCUCGAGAACUUUUCCGUUGAAAUCCCUGGGGACGGCUCCCAGAAGUCGGCCUUUACUUCGCGUGCUGACAUCGCAAAGUUCACCGUUGCUAUUCUGAAGCGUGCCGAUGAAUUUGCCGACAAAACAGUGCGCAUUGCUGGGUACCAUCUGUCAUUCAACGACUGGGUUAAUCAGAUCGAGGCAGCCGCAGGCAAGAAGCUCACUGUUACCUACAGCUCAAUCGAGGACAUUGAGGCCAAAGUUGCGGCUGACAUUAAGGUGACUGGCGGUUGGCACAGCCUUGGCGACCAGCUCCGUCUGAUCGUUGCCAAGGAUCUCGGUCGGCUUGAUUUAGGUGGUAACACGCUGGAUAACGACAAGUUCCCUUCUCUCGACUUUGCGCCUCUUGAGGAGUAUGUUCGCGAUAUUGUCAACAAGAGCCAGCUGUCUGCAUGAAUAAAUUUCGUAUAUUUAUUACCAAAUACAUGCGACAUUUUCCACUUGAGUUUGUAGGUACAUAGGUGAGAGUUGAGAACCAAAAGAAUAGAUGACUCUGUAUAGAACUCAAAGGGUUCCCAUUUUUCAACGAAUGAUGUUGAGAUUCGGGUCCGGAGUCCCCUGCGCCACCAUAAACAAGCCGAAACGCAUACGUACAAUGGCCCAGACAGACGACCAGUCUUCCUUCUUCCCCUCAGUCAAUUGAGAAGUUAUUUUUUCUAUAUAUUCUAUAACCACUCAUUCCCAAGCUAACAAAUGACAUUGACUAUAUCGAGCAGCGUGAUAUGAGCAGGAGCUGUACUUGUA